CCUUGCUUUAAACUCGUAUCGCCCUUGGAGCUUGCCUGUCACUGUCGCUCCACUCCCUGCUCCUUCAACCUCAUUUCCACCAUACUUUCAUUCCAUCAUGGCGGGACAAGAUGCAGAAGGCUCCGAGCCGCCCUCACCACGCACUACGCGAAGACGGAAUCCUUUACAGCGGAAUGCUUCAACAGGAGAACUGGACGAGCGAACCCCCUUGCUCACAGCUUCAAGGUCGCGCAUUCGUAUUAGCGAGCAAAGCUCGACUCGUCAGCAAAAAGGAUCCUUAUCGCGGGACCACAGCUACAUAGGUGCCUAUCAUGGCUCUCGAAAUCAUAGCCGGCAUCCCUCGUGGAGCUCAAGACUGGUUAAUGCCCUGUCCGACCGCCAUGAGUCCUCUAUGGCCGAAUCGAAAGGCACAAUUUUCCCCGAUGAACGCAUGUGGUACGAUCAAUUCACCAGUACCGACUGGGUGCAUGACGCAAUCGCCGAUUCCUACAGGGUCAAGGAGCUUCGAAGUCGUAAGGACUUCUGGGGCAGGGUUCGCAUUAUCUUUGAUGGCGCCCAGGGCUGGAUUCUGAGUGCUCUCUGUGGCUUUCUCGUUGCAUUGAUGGCAUACACAGUUGAUGUUGCCGAAUCUACUGUCUUUGAUUUCAAGGAGGGCUACUGCAGCAAAGCUUGGUACCUCAGCAGAAAGAGGUGCUGCGCCGAGGAAGUCUGUGAGGACUGGGUCAGGUGGGCACAUGUUGUGAACAGUCUAGACAGUCCUUCCGGAGACAUCUGGAGAAGCUUCGCGAUUUACAUGGCCUUUGUUCUCACACUUGCUCUUAUUGCCUGUUGGAUGGCACUGUGGACAAAAACAGUUGUCCCAUCUGCGUAUCAACUGACGACCCUAGAUGAGAACCUGGCUGUCGAUGAACCCACACAGACAUAUGACGACUUGAACACAAGUGAAUCUUCGACACCUCAACCGCAACCCGAUCCAAAGCCAGAGAAUCCCCCCAUGGUCUACUAUUCUGCUGCUGGCAGUGGCGUUGCCGAGGUUCGCGUCAUUCUCAGUGGCUUCGUUUUGCACGGUUUCCUGGGUGCCAGGACCUUGAUGAUCAAAUUGGUAGCACUGAUUCUAAGUGUUGCUUCCGGUAUGAGUCUCGGAAAGGAGGGCCCCUACGUUCACAUGGCUGCCUGCGUGGGCAAUAUCUUGUGUCGAUUAUUCUCCAAGUACGAUCGAAACGACGGAAAGCGGAGAGAGGUUAUUUCAGCAGCCGCAGCCGCAGGAGUCGCCGUGGCAUUUGGUGCGCCGCUAGGCGGAGUACUGUUCGGCCUUGAAGAAGUUUCGUACUUCUUCCCUGCAAAAACGCUGUUCCGAACCUUCUUCUGCUGUAUCGUCGCCGCGUUGUCCCUCAAAUUCCUUAACCCCUACGGUACACACAAGAUUGUUCUGUUUGAAGUGAGAUAUCUGGUCGACUGGGAGUAUUUCGAGCUUGGGAGCUUCAUAUUUGUGGGCAUCAUUGGCGGUGCACUGGGCGCGCUCUUUAUCAAAGCCUCUAAAUACUGGGCCCAAUCGUUCAGAAGGAUCCAGUUGAUCAAAAAGCACCCUCUGCUGGAGGUACUGCUUGUAGCAAUGGUAACAGGAUUGAUGAGCUAUUGGAAUGCUCUGACAAAGCUCCCUGUUGCUGAGUUGCUUCUCAAUGUCGCAUCGCCGUGCGAGGGUUCCAGCAUUGACUGGGAAGAACGAACAUUGUGUCCUGGGGCUAUUGAUGAGAUCCCCCCUAUUCUCUUUGAACUGUUUGUGGCUCUCUUGAUCAAGGGCUUCCUUACCGUUAUCACUUUCGGCAUUAAAGUUCCUGCUGGAAUCUAUGUACCAUCUAUGGUUGUUGGAGGCUUGAUGGGCCGGAUAGUCGGCCAUAUGGUGCAAUGGGCCGUGCUACGUGUCCACGAUUGA